UCUUAGGGUGACGUUUGUUGCAGCCAUCAUAGUCGAAAAUUAGUGGAAAAUUUAAAUCGAGUGACGGAAGCAGUACUCCUUCCGCUAAAAUGUAUCAAUUUGUGUGUUCAAAUUAGUGAGAAGUUAAUUAUUUCUUUUGUCGCUCGAGGAAUGCAAGAAAUGGAUAAAAAUAAAUCACCCAUACGCCGCGCAAAACGUCAAUCCAAGGUUGUUGAGGAAAAUUUUUGGGACUGCAGUGUUUGCACUUAUCGAAAUACAGCCGAAGCGUUCAAGUGUUUAAUGUGCGACGUACGAAAAGUAUACUCGGUUCCAGGCACAUCCACCCGCAAACCACGCCUUAAUUCGGCACUUGUUGCACAACAAGCGGCGACACAGGCUUUUCCGGGUGCCUCAGGAGCACCACCACAAAACUCGAAAUCACCGGGGAAUAAAACAUCACGCAGCAAGAACAAGAGAUCUAAAUAUCCAGCACGUUUGAAAAAUAUUGAUAGAUCUAGCGGCCAAACACGGGAAGUUACGGUGAACUCAGUUACAGUAGUAAUUACUGAGUAUAAACCGAAAUCUUCUGUCAGUCGACACGAUUCGAGUGAAAGCUUUAGUGAAAGUAAUGACUCCAGAAGUUAGAUUAAUUACAGAUUGCUAUUCCGCCAGAUGAAUAAUUUAUUACGAAACCUUUUGAACUAUCAGGAAAACAUUGAAGAACGUCGAAACAAUCUGUAUGAGAAAAUUGUGAAUAAUAGCUUAUAACUGCUCAAUGCUAUUUUGUUUAAUUUAUUCAGCGUUACAGCACUUGUUUUGUGUUUUUAUUGUAACUGUCUAUAUUAGUUUUUAUCUAAAUACAACCUCUGUCACGGCGGUAAGAAUGAGAUUCAAACAAAAUAUUGAUUUCCUGGCAAUGAUAUUAGAUCUUAAUACAGAAAAUCACAAAUAAAUAUAACUGUACUGAUUUAACUGUAAAUUUUAUUUGUUAGGAUUUUAUGGCAUAUUUGGUUUAAAAAUCAUUUCGACAAGCACGAAAGUUUGUUAAAAUUUAUAAUUUUUAGGUAUUGUCAGAACAUACUAGUGUAAGGUUAAAAUAAAUCAAUUUACUACAAGAAAUGAAAAGUAUAACUGCCACACUUCAGAAAAAGGAUAAACCAAUAACUCCGAUUAAAUUUGCAAAUAAAGCUACAGCGAUACACCAGAGCAUAAAAAUCCACAGCCGAUAUUUUAAGAGUUACUUUUGUAAUCAAACCUGUCUAAUUCUUGCGAGGGCAUUUAUUAUAUAACACAGAUAUCUGAAGAACACGUUUAUCCAUCGAAUAUAGAGUCGAAUAUUACAAACAAAAGAAACCAGAUUUUCAUUAUAAAGUCUGAUUUAUCGGUCAAGAUGAGCGAGUAUAGAAAAAAUAAUUUUCUAUUAAGUUAACCAGACUCUUAACAAAGUUUAGCCAUGGAAUCAAAAUAAAUAAACAAAUUCUAA